UUCAGACAUGAGGUUUAACUUUUCUAUGACACUUGUUUCCUAUACGGUGUCUGUUUUUACAGUGACCAAGCUGCAAAAAUGUACAACCGUUAACUUAAACAUCAAAUCCGGCAGAGAACUAACUGCAGAUAUGGCAUCACCAUUAUGGACGAUAUAUGCAGCAACGUAUGGGUCUGCUUUGUACCAUUGUUUUCCACGUUGUGAAGAGGACGAGAGGUGCGUUGGGAUAGAGUUGUGCAGGAUACGACCAGAUUAUUCUAGAUGCAGGGGAUGCUGCGAAUGGUUUGUCAAUUGGCACAAAGGAAUAGCACUGACUACUUCUGAUAAAUGCAGAUACAUAGAGCUAGACAAUAGAACAAAUGUCAACGAAACUGGAACCAAUGUGGCUUUGCAUUCUUCCACAACUGCAAGUUCUGUGGCAGUUUUUGGACCAAACGUUUUGUCGCACAGAAAAGCAGUGGAUGGAAUUGCACUUUGCCCGCAUUCCUCGUAUACUUUCCAUACGUACGAGGAGGUUGACCCAUGGGUUAAAAUUAAUCUUCAAAGAAUAGUAAUGAUUUGGAGAAUAAUAGUUUACAACAGACAAGACUGCUGUGGCAGUCGUUUGGUAAAUCUGAACGUAACUUACAGUAAUGGUGGUCAGACCAACAGCUGUGGAUACUAUCCUGGCUCGAUGGCAAAAAGUGGUGACGUCAUUCUGUUUCAAUGCCCACCUGACGCCAGAGGAAGCUCUGUAAAGCUGAUGGUCCAGUCUCCGCCAGGAAUAAAAAACUACUUCAGUCUGUGUGAAGUUGAAGUUUAUCAGAAAAAGUACGAUUAAAACCAUGAACAAGAUUAACAUGUUAACAGUGUUAACAAAUAAUCAGUUCAAAUGUUGGUGUCUAUGAGUUACUGUAGUAAUGCAAAUCAUGUAAAACAAUCGAACUAACAAA